AUGAAGACAAUACGCAGCCUCCUCGCCAACCUCCGGGGAACCGCCCCCGACCCCCUCCCGACCAUCCGCUUCCGUCGCGAUCUCGUCCCCCACAGUCCCCCCAGCAUCCCCACCGGCUACGACACAUCAUGGCAAACCCGCCGGCUCGAGAACUACUCCUCCAACCCCUUGCUCCGCCUCCCCAACGAGCUGCUGCUCGAGAUCAUGGAGUGCCUCGCGCCGCCGGACCUCUACCUCGUCCGGCAGGUGUCGUACCUCUUCGCGGCGCUCUUCCGCUACGCCGCGUUUUCAGAGUACCACCAGCAAACCGCGGCGAUCGACCCGAAGACGGCGGAGCCGAGCGUGCACCGGCUGCUGCGCGCCUAUCGUAGGCUCAGGGGCAAGACGGCGCCUGUUCCGCAUUUCAUCCCGGGUGUUGAGUUUAAUUUGGAGGCGCUGCGGGCGGAGGAGCGAGAUGGUCUGCAGUAUGUUUUGCAGAGACGGAUUUUUUGUGCGCGAUGUUUGGCUGGGAGGAGUCAGGAAAGGCAGGGUAUCUAUCCGCGCUACACCCGGGGGGACAGGUACGUUGCAUGUGCCGCUUGCAUGUGCUCCCAUCGCCCAAGCUGGUUCUCCCCCGCCGAACGACAGCGUCGAGAUCGAAUCUGCAUCGGAUGGGAAGGGAUGCUGCGGAUCUGCCCGCAUACCCUGCUUUCCUGGCCACGCGUCCAGGGCUGGAUUGGCGCAGGGCCUAGCAGGACAAGGUCUGUCUUGCGUUGCCGGCAAUGCGCCGAUGCGUUCGGGCGACACGGCGAGGCCCCUGAAGUCACCUAUGAACCCUCGCGGACGGGGGAUGCUGCAGGCGAGUUGAGGCUUGGAUGGAAGGCGCCUGUUCACGCUUUAUCGAGCGGGGAGGUCCUUACCAAGGAGGCGAUGCGUAGAGCGCUCAAGCGAUUUGAUGAACUGCAUCCGGGAUUGCUGUGCCCACACGUCUCGUUCGACUUGGAAAAGCUGAUGAAGGUGUUUUACUGGCACCGGUGUGUCUGCUUCAGACAGCCGUCGGCGUUGGCGCUGGAGUACCACAGGAGCGACGAGAGAGACGGGCUAUCGUGCCUUUGCUGCGCAACCCAGAACACUGCCGACGAAAGGCGCGUGGGCAGGUUUCCGAUAUCGUCGAUUUAUAGCAUGUCGCGCCACUACACGUUGUGUCGUCAGUGCUAUUACCGUUACGAGUGGACAUCGGACGGCAAGAGGAUUUACUUGCGCGGCUCUCUGCACUCGAUAGGCGCCACCUCCGAGAUCUCGACGGACAAAGACGGGCACAUCAAUAGACGGAGGCCCUCGAGUGACUGGCUGAGGACGAUGGAUCCGUCAACGUACCAGCAAACGGAGGAGUGGCGCCAUUUGAAAUGGUGUCCGGAUAAGUCCUGUGCGAAUUCAACGAACAGGAGCACUUGGUAUUGA